GGAGGAUUUGGGAUUUAUUGUGGCCGAUCAAAAUCAUCUGCUGCAUAAUGCCGAAGAGUGUGGGAGCUUGCAAGUGUAGCGGUUUCCAUCAUACCGACCGAGAUGAAUCUGAGCUUGAGUGCCCAAUAAUGGAAAAUGGAAAUCUAAGCUUGAGUUCAAGCUCGAGAAAUCGACCUUAAGGGUCCAGCAUAAGUACUAGAAUUUUUCUCAUUACCGGCCUUCGACAGAUACUCCACCAUAUCGUCUACUCUAUGCCUCUGAUGGGCGAGGAGGAUGGCCCAAAGUCUUCCCGGCUGCAGUCGGACCGCCGGGAAUGACGAUAGCUCCGGCAACUCUCCCCUGAGACAUUCCCGCCAAUUUUUGCCCCCCGGGAAAGCUGUCCCUCGCACUCUGUCUCCCCUUGACGUUUGUCCCCCGUCCGAUCUCUCUCUCUCUCUCUCUCCCCCUCUCUCCCCCUCUCUUCCGUUUUUGAUUCAUGGUGUUGUUGCUGCUCCGCUCAUGCUACGCCCAGUGCCACACCAUACUCUUCUCUCCUCACUUCAAGUCCCUCUCUCGCACCUCUAAGCCCUUCUCCCUCUCCCUCGUCCAUUUCUCCCCCAAGCGGAUCCCCAACAUGUCCUCGAAGCCCUCCGCCUUCGACCGCCUCAUGUCUGGCGCACGCGCCGUCGCCGCCGCCAAGAAGAACAAGCCCCCUCCGCCCCCUUCCCCCAAGAAGCGUAAAACCCCUGAUUCCACCACCCCACAGAACCCUAAUCCCGCUCCAUCCCCAAAUGACGUGCCGGAACCUCCUGCCCCGGGGACCAAGCAGCAAGAGCUCAAUUCUUCGUCGGAGGUUAAGAAAUCGAAACUGGUUGAGGACAAUGGUGGAAUCAAGAAAAGGCCUAGCUCGAGCUCGAGCUCGGCUUCCGAGAGGCUUGCUGAGCUGAAGUGCAAGAUACCGCUGCUGAAGAAGAAGGCGGCGGAGUUCGACUCCAAGAAGGUGGCCUGUUGGGGCGAGGGCGAGAGGGUCCCGUUCAUUUUCUUGUGCUUAGCUUUCGACCUGAUAUCGAAUGAGACUGGGCGGAUCGUGAUCACUGAUAUUGUGUGCAAUGCGCUGAGGACCGUCAUGAACACUACACCCGAUGACCUUCUUGCAAUUGUGUACUUGUUGGCCAAUAGGAUCGGACCGGCUCACGAGGGACUGGAGCUGGGAAUUGGGGAUGCCUCGAUCAUCAAGGCGCUCGCUGAGGCUUGUGGGAGGACCGAGGUGCAGAUUAAGAAGCAGUACAAGGAAUUGGGAGAUUUGGGUCUUGUUGCAAAAGCGAGUCGAUCAUCACAAUCCAUGAUGCGCAAGCCUGACCCAUUGACUGUUGCCAAGGUUUUUGAUACCUUCCGGCUCAUAGCUAAGGAGUCUGGGCAGAAUAGCCAGGAAAAGAAAAAGAACCAUAUCAAGGGACUUCUUGUUGCAGCUACUGACUGUGAACCUCAAUAUUUAAUUCGCCUACUUCAGACAAAGCUGAGGAUUGGGUUGGCUGAACAGACUCUUUUAGCUGCCCUGGGACAAGCGGCUGUAUAUGCUGAAAAACAUUCUAAGCCACCUUCAGAUAUUCAGUCUCCUUUGGAAGAGGCAGCAAAGAUUGUGAAGCAAGUUUACUCUGUUCUUCCUGUUUACGAUAAAAUAGUUCCUGCUCUUCUGAGUGAUGGUGUAUGGAAUCUUCGAAAAACAUGUACAUUCACGUUGGGUGUUCCCGUUGGCCCUAUGCUGGCGAAGCCAACAAAGGGUGUUUCAGAAAUUCUUAGCAAGUUCCAAAACACGGUGUACACUUGUGAAUACAAGUAUGACGGAGAGAGGGCACAGAUUCAUUACAUGGAGAAUGGCAUGGUUGAGAUCUAUAGUAGAAAUGCUGAACGGAAUACUGCUAAAUUCCCGGACGUUGUGGCUGCAAUACCGAGGUUAAAGAAGGACUGUGUUAAAUCAUUUGUUCUAGAUUGUGAGCUCGUUGCUUAUGAUCGUGAUAGAAAGAAGAUCUUGCCCUUCCAGACACUUAUCACGAGAGCACGAAAAAAUGUGGUUAUGAGUGAAAUCAAGGUGGAUGUUUGCAUAUAUGCCUUUGAUAUGCUCUAUCUCAAUGGAAAGCCACUUAUUCAGGAAGAACUCAAAGUGCGCAGGGAGCAUCUUUAUGAAUCAUUUGAGGAAGAACCCGGAUAUUUUCAGUUUGCAACUGCAAUUACGUCUAAUGACAUAGAGGAAAUCCAAACAUUUCUUGAAGCUGCGGUGAAUGCUAGUUGUGAAGGCUUGAUCGUCAAAACAUUGGACAGAGAUGCUACAUAUGAGCCUUCCAAGCGGUCACUAAACUGGCUAAAGUUGAAGAAGGAUUACAUGGACACUAUUGGUGAUUCUGUGGAUUUGGUACCGAUAGCUGCUUUUCAUGGCCGGGGGAAACGUACUGGUGUAUAUGGUGCAUUUCUCCUUGCUUGUUAUGAUGGAGACAAGGAAGAAUUUCAAAGCAUCUGCAAAAUUGGCACUGGUUUCUCUGAAGCAAUGCUUGAAGAAAGAUCUGCCAGUCUUCGCUCCAAAGUUAUCCCAAAGCCAAAGCCAUACUUUCGUUAUUCAGAUACACUCAACCCAGAUGUGUGGUUCGAACCCACUGAGGUUUGGGAGGUGAAAGCCGCAGAUUUAACUAUCAGCCCUGUUCAUCGUGCUGCAGUAGGCAUUGCAGAUGCUGAUAAGGGUAUCUCUCUCCGCUUUCCGCGCCUGCUUCGUGUCCGGGAAGACAAAGCGCCAGAGCAGGCAACAUCUUCAGAACAAAUUGCAGAAUUGUAUAAUGCUCAAAAGCACAACCACCAGAAUAAUCAAGAUGAUAAUGAAGAGGAAUGAAAGACAAGGCCAUCCCUUGUGUAACUGGACAUAUAAUAGUCCAAGGAAGCUCAGUAAAAAUGUUGGCUCAUGAAGAGUCCAUGAUUGAUCCAAGCUUGUAGCCUCAGGCCACGCAUUCAAUGUGUCAGUGUACGCAUGGCACCUCUUGAGUAAUGUUGGAAUCGAAGUUGAAGGUUGCCUCUACUUAUCGAUGUAGGCAUGCCUCUGUUUGCCGAAUCUGUGCUGUCUAGAUUACUACUGAGAUAUGAACUGAUUCAUGAGCUCCCUUAUUUUCAGGAACUUCAAGCUCAUGAAAUCUUUUUCUGCUUGGAGGAGACUAGUAUUCUGUUGUCUGUGCUUGAAAACAGCUCUCUUUUCAGUGAAAAUCUGUGUUUCAUAGUGGCCAUUUUUGGUCUAUUUUCCUUUAUGUUGAAGGGACGAGCCAGAAACACUGUUGUGGUUUACAUCGGUAUGUAGUCUUGGGAUGGAAGGCAGAUAUGGAACCACUAGCUUUUUAAUAAAUUAUGCGACGGUUUCUUGUGUGAA